CAUUUGACAUAUAAUGAGACAAGCAUACUGUAGCCUAAUGUUUAACAGUGAAGUUCAAGUGAAUAACCCAGAGUGGCAUUACUAAGCAAAGACAGUGAUGCAGUUAAUUGAUGUAUAAUUGGAGCACUCAGCUGAAAUGAGAUCUGAUUGGUCCUCAAAACGUGCUAAAUGAUAGUAAAUCUGUGGGAGGGGCUUAAUUGCUUCCAAACGAAUGGAAAGUGAUGAUAGGUGGGUAUCUGUCACACGGUCACAGAUGAGCAUGGCUGAUCCAGAGUCCGGCUCCAAGUCUUCAGAGCUGCAGGCUGCAGCAGCAGUGUGUCAGACAGGAGAACGGAUGAGCUGAGCGUGUACCUGCAGGCUGAGAGUGUGUGAGCGGCUCAGAGGCAGAUCCUCUGCAGAAACACGCCCUGAUAGAAAAGGUAGACACACACACACACACUCUCUCUCUCUCUCUCUCUCUCUCUCUCUCUCUCUCUCUCUCUCUCUCUCUCUCUCUCUCUCUCUCUCACACACAAACACACACACACACACACACUGCGCCUGAUCACUGAGGAGCCGAGCUGCUUACCUGAAAACAACAGCCCCAAUGCUCCAGCACAGACUAACACCAGCGGACAGCCACCAAAUGAAAAACCAGGACGAGUCCGUUUCCACAGACUUUGGUUUGUCUCGUGGAGUUUUAUUCCACACCUGGACGGCCCGCGGGACUCGGUAGGGAGAUAAGCUGGUUGUUGGAACAGCAGAGAGCAUUGAUCCACCGGCGGGCUGAGCACCAUGAGUAGGAAGACGCGGCGCUGGAUUUUCCAUUUUUUCCUCUGCCUGGGAAUUGUGUACUUGAAAAUCGGGGGUCUGUCGUCGGUGGUCGCGCUGGGAGCGAGCAUCAUCUGUAAUAAAAUCCCCGGCCUGGCCCCCCGACAGAGGACUAUCUGUCAGAGCAGACCCGACGCCAUCAUAGUGAUCGGAGAGGGGGUUCAGAUGGGGAUCAAUGAGUGCCAGUUCCAGUUCAGACACGGGCGCUGGAACUGCUCGGCCCUGGGGGAGAGGACCGUGUUCGGGAAAGAGCUCAGAGUGGGCAGUAAAGAGGCUGCGUUCACCUAUGCAAUCAUCGCUGCCGGGGUCGCCCACGCGGUGACUGCAGCCUGUACGCAGGGGAGCCUCAGCGGCUGCGGCUGUGACAAGGAGAAGCAGGGUUUCUACAACCAGGAGGAGGGCUGGAAGUGGGGCGGCUGCUCGGCAGAUGUUCACUACGGCCUGGGUUUCUCCAAGGUGUUUGUGGAUGCACGGGAGAUCAAGCAGAAUGCCAGGACUCUGAUGAAUUUACACAACAAUGAAGUGGGACGCAGGGUCCUGGAGAAGGGUAUGCGUCUGGAGUGCAAGUGUCAUGGUGUUUCAGGAUCCUGCACCACCAAGACAUGCUGGACUACGCUCCCCAAGUUCCGUCAGCUGGGCUACAUGCUCAAGGACAAGUACAACAAGGCCGUGCAUGUGGAGCCAGUACGAGGCCGCCGGAACAAUCGCCCCACCUUCCUAAAGAUUAAAAAACCCCAUUCCUAUCGCAAGCCCAUGGACUCAGAGCUGGUCUACAUCGAGAGGUCGCCCAACUACUGCGAGGCAGACCUUCUGACCGGUAGCAUGGGAACACAGGGCCGCCUGUGCAACAAGACUGCUCUGCAGCCCAACAGCUGUGACCUGAUGUGUUGCGGUCGAGGGUAUAACACACACCAGUACUCCCGCGUGUGGCAGUGCAACUGCAAGUUCCUGUGGUGCUGCUACGUCAAAUGCAACACCUGCAGUGAGAGGACAGAGGUGUACACCUGUAAAUAGACAUAUUUAUUGGACAUGUUGUAGACGCACUUCCAAACCGGACUGUGUGUGUUGUGUGUGUACUCGAGGAAGAGAGUUUGGCUGAUACACACAUGUGGAGUAAAUGCCUCGCUGCUUUGGCAUAACAGAGGAACUACAUCAACCAGUGCUUCCAACAUGUGUUAAUUAUAGUGAUGCCAAUGGACAUCUGCAGUGACACUGGAUUUAACCCUUGGGCUCAUACUUUUUUAUUCCAUGUCAAAUAACUGUUUAACGCCCCAGGCUUGACUCCUCUGCAGGCCGGCUGCUCUGUUGGCACCACUCGCCUCGGACAGUAGUGACUUUGUUUUACUUUGACUAAUAAUUUAUUUGAUGGGAAAACUACUGAUGAUUUCAAAAACUCACUGAUGAGUUCAUGUGGUGAAGUUUUUAAGUUGGUUUAGAUGCCAUUAGUGUAAAAUAUUGUACGCGCACUUAAAAGGAAAAGUUUCUUUCUCACACACUGGAGCUGAAAACUGAAGUGGUCGUAAAUGAACACAACUGAAUGACACUGCAGCUUAUACGAAUCAAGCCUAGCAAACAAACGUUAGACUACUGAUCCUUGGCUUGGUAUGGUAGUAUUGUUCCUCACGUGUUCUGCCCCCCUCCCCCCGCUGGUUUGCUGCUAGUCGUCUGGAAAGUGAUGCCGUUUGUCAGUGAGCAGCCAUAUUGACUCUUUAAGCUAAGUCGACACCACUAGGAGUAGCAUGAGCUUCCAGACAUUGCCUUUUAAAUAUAGGUUGAUAGAAUAUAUUUUGCAAAAGAUUAUUUUUAUAUAAUAUUUUUUUAUUUAUUUUCUAUCUAUAUGUAAGAUAGUCCCCUUAUCAUUUCUGACUGUACAGUUACUGAGGUUCCCCACAGCCCCACUGAAACACUGUUUGAAGAUGUGUGUUGUUUCUCAGCAGCAGAACACUAAACUGUUACACUGAAAUGAGCAGUAUUGUGAUUUUAAACCCAUAUCAGUAACUGUGAGCUCAACUUACUGAGGCUACACAGUCAAAGGUCUGAAGUAGCCUCCAAGCUAGCAACAGUCGCGCAAAUGCUAGCUUACUUGAGCCAGUGUGUUUAAAUGUUCUUAUAUGGUUUACUUUCUGUAGCCUUACAUAAACAAGUACUCACUACAGCAAUUGCCAAUACAAUUUGAACAAUGGCUAGUUCUAACUGAGUUUAAUAAUGGUUAUUUGUUAGCAAAUACAUGCUAUGGCUAGCAUUUACUUUUAACAUUGCAAACAAUGAAUCGCCAUCAUAAGCGCUGGUUUCUUUAAUAUUUUUGAUGUCCAGCCUCAACCCUUUUGUCACUUGUUUCUGCUUACUGUCAGUGCACUUACAGAAACACAUGUUGAUGAUUUCUAGAAGAUCAAACAAACACGUUUUUUACAUACACUACCAGUCAAAAGUUUGGACACACCUUCUCAUUCAAUGGUUUUUAUUUAUUUUAAUUAUUUUCAACAUUGUAGAUUAAUACU